AUCGUGACCACUGAAUGUUUCACUGACAAUGGCAUUGAUCACAAUGCGGUGAUCGACUUAUUCCAUGGAUCAACUUCGAGUAUACUCCCUCAGCGUUACUCUGCCAGAUUGAUACCAUUACCUGGAUUAUUGUCCCUCCGACUGGGGUAUUACGUACGGUAACGACCGCUUCCGGCCUCGGCUCCCCAUGCCUUAGGCAUUGAUCCUUAUCGGUCGGCACCUGACAGCUCCCCGAUGAUUAUCUUACCCGAAUCCCGCGGGCAACUCAGAUCGGCGCAAGUUUUCUGGAGGUCAAAUAGAUAACACACUUUUCCCCUCCAUGACCACCUCGUCCCUCAUCUUCCUCUGAUCAUGAGGAUUGGUCCUUUUCAACUAUCAAUCAUCACAUACUCGGAGGGAUGAUUGAGCUCGGUCUUAGUCGCAUAGUCCGCCUUCUCCAGCAGACGCCGCUGACUUGGAAGGCAAUCCAUAUUGCUGGCACCAAUGGCAAAGGGUCCAUCAGCGCUUAUCUCUCCCACCUGUUGUCGACGGGAGGUGUUCGCUGUGGCCGUUUCACCUCCCCGCAUCUGAUUGAUCGUUGGGACUGCAUCACAAUCGGCGAGAAAGUCGUCCAAGAGUCACUCUUCCGGCAGAUCGAAGCUAGAGUCAAGCUUCGAGAUCAGACGCUGGGAAUCGGUGCGAGCGAGUUUGAGCUACUGACUGCAACUGCAUUCGAGAUCUUCAAUCAUGAGCGCGUUGACAUUGGGGUGGUGGAGGUGGGCAUGGGCGGUCGCCUGGACGCAACGAACAUCCUGACCGACGUCUUGGUCUCCGUCAUCGCAAAGAUAGGCCUGGACCAUCAGUUCCUCCUCGGCGAUACUAUCGAAGAAAUCGCAAGGGAAAAGGCUGGAAUCAUGAAAUCGGGUGUUCCAUGUGUUGUAGACGGUACCAAUUCGCCUGAAGUGCUCCGAACCCUCGAAGACCACAUCAAGGAACUCGGCAUCGACGCGAUCUUCACACGCCCCGAUACUCCAGAGUAUCACUCCCCAUCGCUCGGUCGGCUCUUUGCUACACUCGAUCUCCUACCUCACCAGCGAGCGAACAUGUCCUGUGCGGUUUCGGCCUUGAAACUUGCUCUGUCCCGAUUCCGUCCCGACAUCGACGUCGAUGUGCUCGUUCCACAACUGUCAAAGGUCGAGUGGCCGGCGCGCCUACAAAAGCUUGUUCUGAAACCAUUGGCAGAUCGUGAAGAGCCUGUUCUGCUGGAUGGUGCCCACAAUACUCAGUCGGCGGAGGUUCUCGGAGAGUAUGUGGAUUACAAACUUCGUCCGCAAGGUACGAACGUCACCUGGGUUAUCGCGGCCUCCCGCGGUAAGGAUAUAGAAUCCUUGUUUCAUUCUAUAAUCAAGGCGGGCGAUCGAGUAGCGAUCACUGCGUUCGGACCCGUGGAUGGCAUGCCCUGGGUCAAGGCCAAUGAUCCAGAAGAGGUGGCUUCAUGUGUCCGAUCAAUCGCGGGUAUUGGACAAGUGCAAACCUUUGGGGAAGACAUUUCCGGCGCUAUCCAUUGGGCUUGUGAACAAGCUAGUGGCGGCCCAUUGGUCAUUGCUGGCAGCCUCUACCUGGCGUCGGAUGUUCUACGUCUUCUCCGGGAAGCACAAAAGCAAUUAUAAGUCA